AUGGAGCGAACCAUAUCACGUCUGUCCAAUAAGGCUCAAGCUCCUACCACGUUCACCAAAUUCAACGAACUCCCUCCCGAACUACGAAUCAAAAUAUGGCAACAUGCUAUGCCAGAUGCUAGAACUGUGGUAGUGAAGUCUCCACACACAAAACAAAGACAAGCUCCUAGAUCGUUAGAGGAAGCUAUGUCAAAAACACAAUACCAAGAUGAAACAUGGUAUUCGAAUACACAAAUACCUGCCUCACUACAUGUCAACGGCGAGGCCAGACACGAAGCACUUAAACACUAUAGGCUCUCUCUUGCCGUAGGAAAUGCGCAACCACGAAUAUACGUCGAUUUUACUCGGGACACUUUAUUUUUCGGUAACUCCGAGCUUAAGCCCGAAUGUUCCCCAUUAUGGAACUUUACACAUGAUUUAAAUCGAGUAGAACGUCUCGCAGUUGUUCCCGAAGGUGCUUGGAGAGUCUUGCGUUGGAAAAAAGUCGAUCUCAACUCGCUAGAAAAGAUGAUAUUCGUUCACGAUACGGAAAAAUUCGAAUUAGGCCCUCUUCCACAACUUGUCGAAGAUGCGCCACAAAACGAUGAAGUGGAUCUACCAGAGGAGCAGGUACAACGUCUGGAGGAGUUGGUGUCACGACAGGAAUCACAAGAGGAAGCUACAAUAAACCCCAUGAAGAAGCGGAUGCAAGCGGCUCGGGAGGAAUUGAACACAUUGAUGAUGGUUCUACCGACCCAAUGGGAAAAGGAGCCCGCAGUGGCUACUGCGGUGUUCAGAAAAAGUCGUGGGGAUAGAUGGCAGUGCUGA